AUUAAAACCCCCUAUUAAAUAUAGUAACUGAACCCUAAGCCACUAAUUUAUUUUCCUCUUUUAAACCCUAUUUUUAACCAAAACAGAUAAUAUAUAAACGAACCCUUGCUACUCCCUUCAAUAAUCAAGCUAAGCUUGGUUUCGGUAUUCAUACAUUGACGAGAAGAAGAAAAGGGAGAAAUAAACAAAACCCCUUUUCUUUUCGAAUAAAAAAACCAAUAACAAAAUAAUAAAAAAAUGGGUUUGAGAAACACAUCUGUUCUGUGCUUGGCACUGUUUCUUGCUUUCUCUUCAUGCAUUCAUGGGUUAGAUAUCACUAGCGCACUCAGCAAAUACCCAGAAUUCACCAAGUUCAGCAAGUACCUCACCGAAACCAAGCUUGUUGAUCAAAUCAACGGCCAGAAAGCCGUUACCGUCCUCGCCCUCGGCGACGACGCACUCGCCUCCCUUGACGGGAAGCCCCGGGACUACAUCAAGGCAGUCCUGGCCAACCACGUGGUUACCAACUACUACGACGAGAAGCUUCUCGUCGGAGCAGUUGGUAGCCACGAGAAGUUGGCCACACUCUCAUCUUCUGGAAUCUUCGUCAACUUGAUAAACGAUGGCGAGGUGGCUUUUGCACCCGCCGAGAAAGAACAGUAUGAGAGCAAGCUCGUCAGAACCGUUGAAACUCAACCCGAAUCACUUUCAAUCUUGGAGGUUCAUCAGCCUAUUUUUGCUCCAUCCGCCGUUGCCAACGCCGUCGCAGCCACCGUGUCGUCGGAAGGGAAGAAGGUUCAAGAAGCAGCAGCCGGUGUUAGCGGCGGUUGUCGCGUCGAGAUGGGGCUCUUUGGGGGAGUAGUUAUUGCCUUGGUUUCGCUCUUUGCUUCAUUGUAAGUUAUGAUUAAUGAUGACAUGAACAACGUAGCAAAUAAUGCUAUUGUUUUGUUGUUAUAGUGAGGAUAAGAGGAAAGUAUGGUAAAAUUUUUAAAUGUUUGUAUCUAUAUAUAUAUGUACAUGUAUACAUAUAUGUUCUUGUGAUGUGUUAUUCACUUAUUCGUUAUCAGAAUAUAAUUUUGUAUA